AUGACUACGGACGCGGAACCGCCCCCGAGCUACUCGCCCGACCCCGCGGACGACGAGACGCGCUCGGACGGGACGGGUGCAGUCGUCGAGCCGCAGAUCAUCAUCAUCCCCACGGGCAACGACGGCGAGCUCCAGCUGAAAUGCGCGGACGGCUUCCGCUGGGAGAGAUGUACUACGAUGUCCCUGCGCUCGGUGGAGGUCGCAUACGAGACGGAGAUCGAGCUCGGGGACACGGAGGUCGUGCUCUGCUCGUCGAGCUCCGAGGACCGGCGCGCGAGCUUCCCGUUCGCGAUCCCGCUGACCACCGACACGGCGCAGUGCAUCCACUCGCUGCGCUCCUCGCUCUCGCACACGCUCACCGCGAACGUCUACGCGGCGGGGGGCGUGCGCCCGCGCUUACGAAGUCGGUGCUGGUCCACACCCGCCGGUAUACGUCGCACUCGCACCUCGCGGAGCCUACGCGGUGAAGGUGCAGCUGCCGCGGACGACGUUCAAGGUGGCGAGCCGAUACCGGUGUACCUCACUGUUCCUGUUCCCGAGCGAGAGUUGGUCGUGGAACGCGGACUGAGGCUCCGGAACGUCCGCGCAGAGCUGGUCCGAAGCGUGCGGGUGCGGACGAGCACCGAGACGACACACCCCGCUGGCGAGCCGUCAUCGUCGACACAACCGUCGGAUGCGAAGACGGUGCCUGCUGUGCCAGGAGAGCAGAAGGUCAUCGCCCUGUCAGGCGCUGCGUGUCGCCUGCACCCCGCACGGCCGCUCAACAUCCGCCUCAUUCUUCACCCACCAGUGGGCUCCCCGCUGGCCAUGCAAACGCGGGACUUGCCUGCAGAAGACUACUACGCGCCGGACACCGUCGAAUGCGCCGCCAUCACCCAGACGACGCUGUUGCACUCGGUCUCCUUCCGCCUUCGUGUCCAUGUGGCGUUCAUGAACAUGGCGUCGCACACGGAGCGCGUAUCCACCCUGGAGUUCCCCAUCGUGCUGCUCCCGCCCACGGCGGCGUUGCCCCAGGUGGAGGAGUCCAUGGACACCGCCUACCACAAGAAGCACGACCGGCCGCCGGCGCGCACGAACAGGAUCGAGGACAACGACGUGCCGCGCUACGAGGAGGGCGAGGCCGGCCCCAGCUACCACAGCGCACCCCCGCCCUUCGAAGAGCGCGAGGCGCCCCCGCCGUUCUUCUCCGCGCCCCAGGCGUCCACUCGACCCGACGAUGGCCCCCCGCCGAUGGCGCAGCCGAACGCCGUCACCGACGGUGAGGGCGUCUUGUUUGGCUUCCCGCCGUCGGAACACUUCGACGGCUAUGCGGACAUGGACCAUGGCCUCGCGGGAUACGACGUAACACCGCUGGCGAGCAUGAACCCGACUGCGGCUAUCGAAGCGAUGGGUCUCGCGCUGGGCCUCGACCGUCCCGACAAUCCGUUGGCGGAACCCCCACCGCCUCCUCCGCCUCCCAUGGACGACCCCUCAGACCCGCCGCCUUCGAUAGACUCGGACUUCAGAGACCCCGAGGGCACGCACCAGUCACCUAGAUCGCAUCCCCCUCGCGCAUGAACUCGUUACAGUUAGCAGACACUGAUGACCAUGCAUUGGAUGUGGACGCUGAACACGAGGAACACGGACAUGCUCCUCCACCGUACCGUGUACCUGACAGCGCAACACAGGAUAAUCCUCACGACGCAGUCCCGCCGCCGUACGUAGAUCUUGUACAUCAUCCACACUAAAUGUCUAUCAUUCCAUCGCUGCUAGACGUGUUCAUCCUCAGCAAACGAUGGAAUCGGUGUCCACUGUAAUAGUAGAAGCAAAUACAUGUACCAUGAGAACCAUAUAGAUCAGACAAGGAAACAGAAGGUGGAGAGAUAACGGUAGCGAUAUGAAGAGUAAAGGUCGUGUG